AUGAUGCCGAGCAUGAACGUUAUGUUGCAGUGGACAGCCAGCCGCGUUGUUAGUUCCCUCAGCCCCGAGGACUUCCACGAGCCGAUGGAGGUGACGCACGCUGCAAUAUGUCGCGUGCCAAAUGUGCUUCUUGUUGUCGGGUCUGGCCUGGAGUGGGAAACACGCUAUACGGGCGUUGUGGACGGCGUAGUCACGGUUAUGUCAGAGCUGGGCGAGCUAUUCACGUAG